CGCCAAUCUGCUCCAAUUAAUGACCCAAUAAUGUUGUUUGAAAACCCUCCCCUUCAUGUAUUUUUUCCACUUUUCUAUCCCCCUGUGACCUUCCUCGAUCCCUAUAUAAAUAUACACAUCCCCCUAAGCUUUUAAAUGUUCCCCCUAUUAACUCAUCACUCUACACAUAAACAUCAUAUUCAAAUUGAAAGCCUGGACUUGUACUCAAUUUUCAUACAUGGAUUCUUCAUAUUUCCAAUACCCAUAUUCUCAAUUCUCUCCUGAAUCAUCUUCUUCCUAUGUAUCUCAAGAAAACUUGUCACUUGAAUCACUCAAUCAAGCCCUUCCUUUUAAUAAAAACGACUCUCAAGAGAUGCUUCUCCUAGGAGUUCUAAACCAAACCCAUGAAAGCUCCUUUGAAACAAACCCUAGAGACGAUGAAGUGAGCUCAAAAGCUAAUAAUGAAGGGGAGGUUUCAUACAGAGGGGUUAGGAAGAGGCCAUGGGGGAAAUUUGCAGCUGAAAUAAGGGAUUCAACAAGGAAGGGUGUGAGGGUUUGGCUUGGAACCUUUGAUACUGCUGAGGCUGCUGCUUUAGCAUAUGAUCGAGCUGCAUUGACAAUGCGAGGUUCCAUGGCUAUACUUAAUUUUCCAAUGGAGAAAGUUUAUCAGUCACUUCGAGAAAUGAAUUAUAGAUUUGAAGAAGGGUGUUCACCCGUUUUAGCAAUGAAGAAGAGGCAUUCCUUGAAGAGCAAAAGAGUGAUAGUGAAGAAGGUGAAGGAAGAAAAGGGAAUUAUAAGCAUGGAAAACUUGUUGGUUUUGGAGGAUUUAGGAGCUGAUUACUUGGAAGAACUUCUUAGCAUGUCUGAGACUCCUGAUCUUUGGUAACUUUGGGUUUUUGUAAUUAAGUUCACUGUUUUGGAAUUUUCCAUUUAUCGUUACAAAAUCAAAAAAGAAAUGAAUUAUCAUUACCAGUAUAAACAAAUAAA